CUGUCAUUGGGGGAAAACGGACAGUUCUGACGUGUGUCAGGCACGCACGAGACGUGGCACGCGAACGGUUAAACCCGAGGAACCCGUGGGCAUCCUCGCAUCCGUCCGUCGUGUUUCUGAGCUCCACGACGCCAGGAAGUCACGGACACCGAACCGCCGAACGCGUCUGGACCUGAAAGAGAUGGCGUCGAACGAGGGCUCCGCGGGGAAGUGGGAGGUGGUGAAGAAAGGAAAGAAAAGUAGCAACUCCGGAGGAGAGAAGAGAGCUGGCAGCGGGGGGAGGAAAGCCCUGGGGGAGUCGAACCAGGAGGCGGACCGGCGAAAGUCAGCGCCUAUCAAGAUGGCAGAGACCUUGUACGGUAGCUUCGAAAAGACCGGAAAGAAGCACAACAAGGAGCAGGUUCCCCCAGCGGCCGAGCCCCAGAGCAAGAAACCCUCGUCAAAUAAACCCCCCAAGAAACCGGCAAGCAAUACGACCCCCCCUGCAGCCUGUAAAACUCUGGAGGAAGCCUUCAAAGCUCUGGAUAUCGCAGAUCUGAAGCAGCAGCUGGCUCGCAGUCAGACUCUGUUCCCCGAUAACCCGUCAGUUUGGGUCAAAGACCUGGCAGGAUACCUCAACCACCACCUGGCCGCCCCCGACAGCGAGCCCACGCUCAGCAGCUUCCCUUAUGAUUACCCAUACUGCCUUACGGGGAAGGAGCUGCGGGCGAUUAUCAAAAACCUUAUUGGGCGUUGCAGCAACAACCUGCCGGAUUUCUUCGACCACUGUGUGUACUCGAUGCUCAGGGAGCUGGACAGACAGUCAGGAGAGCCUCUGCAUGGUUUCAGAGUUUGCAUUCAGGCCAUCCUGCAGGACAAACCCAGAGUCGCCACCCAGAAUCUGCCUGAGUAUCUGGAGCUGCUGCGGAGCGUCCACAAUCGACCCGUCAAAUGUUUGACCAUCAUGUGGGCUCUGGGUCAGGCCGGCUUCUACGACCUCAGUCAGGGCCUCCUGGUCUGGCUGGGGAUCAUGCUUCCUGUUCUGGGAGUGAAGUCUUUGUCUUCAUACGCCAUCGCCUACUUGGACCGACUCCUGCUACUUCACGCUAACCUGUCCAAGGGAUUCGGCAUCAUGGGUCCUAAGGAGUUUUUCCCCCUGCUGGAUUUCGCUUUCAUGCCAAAGAACUCUCUGUCACCGAGUUUGCAGGAGCAGCUGAGGCGCUUGUAUCCCAGACUGAAGGUCCUGGCGUUUGGAGCCAAGCCCGAGAACACCCUACACACAUACCUGCCCUCCUUCCUGUCCAGAGCCACGCCCAGCUGUCCGGACGACAUGAAGAGAGAGCUGCUCAGCAGCAUGACGGAGUGUCUGUCUGUGGACGUGCAGAGUCUGGGGGUGUGGAGACAGCUCUACACCAAACACCUACCGCAGUCCAGUCUGCUGCUGAACCACUUAAUGAAGUCCUGGAACGUCCUGCCACCAAAGCUGCAGAAAAACCUGGAAGAAACGAUCCGAUCCUUCCGGGUCACCAACGAGGAGAUGAAGGACACGGUGGAGACUGAGGAGCUGCAGGAGUGCAACAAGAUGUGUCAGAGUCUGCAGGUGAAGAUGCGUGGAAACAGUUUCCCGUGGCUGAAGCUGCUGCUGGUUCUGUCCGUGUUCGCCGCCGGCUUCGUCGCCCACGACAUCCGCUCCAACGGCUCCGUCGCAGGGUCCAGCACGGCCAAGUAUCUGCAGAGCUCCGGAGUCACCGCCGUGUCCCAGCAGGCCUGGAGCAAAGUGACCGUCUACUCCAAGCAGGGCUUCAGCUGGCUGGAGAAGAACACUCCUCACUAUUACUCAGAGUGCGUUCGGGUUCUGGGUCCGAUCAUCCGUCAGGCGGCAGAACAGAGUCGAGCGGCCGGCGUGCUCGUCUCUGAGAAAGCCUCCCAGCUGCUCCUGUGGCUCAGAGAGACGGCGCCGCUCGCCAUCGACUGGGUGAACACCAACACCCCCGACGGCGUGUUCCAGCUGCUGGCGUACAUCAGGGAGCUGCUGCUCUACAUCCAGCAGAACGUCGUGCUGCCGGCGGCGGCGUUCGUGUUGGAGCUGCUGCAGCGAGCGUGGAGCGGCCUGCAGGACUCCUGCAAUGGGGAGGUGUCCGUGUCGUGCCUGCAGGACCACGCCGUGUCCUUCACCAAUUCAACAUGGCAGCUGCUGCAGCACACCACCUCCGCCAUCAAGACGUGGGCUCAGGAGCUGCUGACCCGCGCCGGAUGACCGCCGCCGCCAUGUGACUCUCACAAGCACACACCAACAGGACCGUCUGAACUCUGAUAAAGUCUCUUCUCUUCAUUUCGGCUCCGUUUGAUCCUCUAAAGACUUUUUCCUUUUUUAUCUUUAGAGUUUUUUUAACGUCAGGAUCAACAUCAUUUCUAGGAUCUGCUGGUUUGUAGAUUUCUUAACUGUUUUUAUUUAAAGACGUUCUAAAGAAACUCUCGAGGUCAGGGGAGACCGCCUCGCCUACCAGAGUUCGUGCGGCCUGCUGGUGAAGCGGCCGCCGCAGGCGAGCAUCAGACCUCCUGUCUGUCACGUGUAGUUCCUCUCUGAGCCACUAAGGGGCGCUGUGGUCCCGUCUCACUGAGCCGAGGCUCACUAAUGGAAAAGAAGAAACUAUUUGGGAGCAAAAACUGUCUUACUUUGUAAAGUAAAUGAUUUAUAAUAAACUCUGCAAUCCUGUU